CAGGAGGAUUUCGCUGAUAGGCUGCGCCCUCCGUCAAACACCGCUGCCGCCCUGUCCGCGCCGCGAGUGGAGGAGUAGCCGAGGCUUCCGCUCUGGGCUCGGCGCCCUGGUUGCGUCCGUGCUUGUCUCUGGGAUCCAGGUUGCUUGAACGAUAGAGUCAGUCCUGGAUGUUUGCAGCCUUUUGCUUCAGCUGCCAGAGAAGAAAAAAGGUGGACACCGACUUGCAGCAGUUGCUUCCUGUGAAAGGGAAGAAAUAUCGGAUACUGUUCUGGGAUAAUUUGUGCGUGCUUUGUCCUGAAAAGGCCUCUGAAACAAGCAGUAGACAUCGGGGAAGAUAAUUGAGGAAAUCGUGAGGUUUUUUCUUCUAGCAGUGUUGAGCACAUCACCCUUGGAUUCUUUUGUCCGCAUGGCAUGGAUACAUAGCUAAAUUUAUGAAGUUCUGAAUACUUCAGCUGCCAAAAUAAACUGUUUUCGUCUUUUUACAUAUUGUUUUUCUUCUCGGCAACAUUCUUUCUGAAUCGGAGGUUUAACCAGUCUUGUUAACUGGCUCCAGGUUAAAUGUGGCCUGAGUCACUGUGGGGACAUUGCUGAAAAGUUUCAUGGCAGAUUUUUUUUCCCCCCUUUUUUCAUUGUUUAGAUUUUCUGACAUAGUCUUCUCUCAUUUUGCAGUGAGACCUAUUUUAUAAAUGAAGAAUUUAAUAGAUGUUUGUUUAUACUUUUUUCUUUUAUAUUUUAUUUACUGUUUUUGUUGAAGAAUGUUGUUGCCCAUAAGCAGUAUGGAGGUAUCCAGAUAACUGUUUAUAAAUGCCUCUGGCUGCCGGAAGGUAGGAAAUGCUCUUCAGUUCAUAUGUGAAAUUUGGGUUUUUGACAUCACAGUUUGUGGAGUAAAACCUGUGUUUAUUUCACUUGGAGCUGAUGCUGCAUAUACUGGUAUCUGCAUUGAAUAGACAAGAGAAGAAACUGUCAGAGAAAAUAAAAGGUUUUUGAGACAGACAUUGGCAGACUUUGUAAGUAGACUUGCAGAAUCUAUAAGCGAGAAGGAUGGGUAGCUGAUUUCUGUGAGGUCAAAUCUAUGUCAGACUGCCACGAAUGUAGUAUCAACAGGAACUCGGGGUAUUAUCUCAAGGAAAACAAACUGGAAAAAUAUAAAUCACCCUGUACUAGCACCUUGUGCGGUCCUCUUGGAUUAGGUUUGCAUUCAACAGAACUGCUGCUGCAGAAUGCUGAAAGAAAAUUAAGAUGGACAGAGCAACUUAAUUCAAAAGGACUUGCCAUGAGGUGCUAAGCCUUUUUUCAUUGAUUCGGAGAGACUGGACCUAAAUGGCGCAGCAUGACUUUGCUCCAGCCUGGCUUAAUUUUCCUACUCCACCAUCAUCAACAAAGGUCUACCACUUAUGCUCCUUUGCAGUCAUCACUGAAUUUUGAGAAACAUUCUGAAAAUUUUUCGUGGACAGAGAAUCGUUAUGAAGCAAAUCGCAGAAGACACAAUUCUUCAGAAGGGUUUGAUCCUAGCACUGGAAGGCCAAAUGGAGGGCAUUUUGGGCGAAAAGAGAGGAAUGGUUGGCGUUCACAAGGCAGAAGUGGUCCAGAAAAUAUAAACCAGCGUGGAGGGUACCAUGGUGGAGGCUCCCGAACUCAUAGCAGCACCUUCCAUUGUGGAAAAGGCCAGGGACUGCGUGAAAACAGUGUACUUGAUAAUGAAACCCGCAAAAAGGAAGACAAAGAAGUACCCAACCAGUUUGAGGCUGAGGAUUUUCCAUCUUUAAAUCCUGAAUAUGAGAGGGAACCAAACCAGAAUAAAUCUCUAGCUGCAGGUGUGUGGGAGUACCCUUUAAAUCCUAAAUCUAGAUCUCAGAGAAUGCUGGUUAUUAAAAAAGGCAGUGCAAAAGAGCUGCGGAUAUCUGGAUUCCCAGUAGUGGGAAGUGUUCACUCACAACCAGUAAGGAAUGGAACUAGCACGAGUGUUUAUAAAGGAUUAGUCCCCAAACCUGUCACUCCACCUGCAAAGCUCACACAGUGGAAAAGCCAAGCAAAAGAAAAUAAACUUGGGAAUGCAUUUCCUCAUGAAUCUGCAUAUGGUGUUGGCUGUUUCAGUCCUUUCAAAUCAACUGUCAAGGCAUUUGGUGUAACACAGAAUUCAGUGACAGAGUGUAAUCGGUCAAAUUCUUCAUCCCCUGUUGACAAAUCUGGUCAGCUUCGAUUAACAAAAUUGACAAGAAUGCGGACUGAUAAGAAAAGUGAAUUUUUGAAAACACUGAGAAGAGAUAGAGUGAAAGAAGAACAUGAAGAUGAGAAUCAUGAUGGGCAAGAGAAGGAUGAUGAGUCCUUCAGCUUUCAUAACAGCAACAGUCCUCAUCGUGAGAGAGAUAUAAACCGAAACUUUGAAAAUGAGAUUCUGCAGGAGAAUGGCAAUGCUUCAAUUACACCUCAGCAGAUCAUUCAGUCUUCAGCUUUCCCUCAGGCAAAUGUUCUUUCAAGCUCACUUGAGGCAGAGCAUAGGUUGUUAAAGGAGAUGGGCUGGCAGGAAGACAGUGAAAAUGAUGAAACAUGUGCUCCACUAACUGAGGAUGAGAUGAGGGAGUUUCAAGUCAUUAGUGAACAGUUACAAAAAAAUGGCCUUCGGAAAAACGGCAUUUUGAAAAAUGGCCUCAUCUGCAAUUUUAAAUUUAGCCCCUGGAAAAACAGCACUUUCAAACCUGCUCUGGAGAAUGAGGAUUCUGAGACAAGCAGCAGUGAUACAUCAGAUGAUGAUGAUGUGUGAAGACUUCUGUAAUGCCUGUAGAAGACCAUUUGUUCUCAUGAAGAUUUGGGGAUGUUUUGUCCAAAAACAAAAAUUGUAAUUUAUGUAGUAACAUGCCCACUACAGGAAGAAUAAUGGGACUGUUCUGAAGGAAGCAAGGAAUGUUUUGUUGGGUGUGUUGAAAAUCACUAUAAUUUCUCUGUAAACGAAUGUUGUAGAAUGAGGCCUUGUGUUGACCCAGCGUUGACUUUCAUCACUGAGGCAUUUCUGACUAGCAAUGUGGCAAUAUUACAAAUCAGACUUUCUCACUUAAUAAAAGCAAAGAAUUGUAUAAUGUCUUGCAAAGCUUCUGUCUUAAAAUGUCUAAGGAAAAAAAGGGCAGCUUGACACAGUGUUUUGCUUGCCAAGUAAUUUUUUUUUCUUACAGUGGAAAUCAAUGAGUCCACUUCGUACACAAAAAGGGCAAUGUAGCAUGUUGGCUAAAAUGAGCAAAGUGCACUAAAACUCUUUUCCUUAACUGAGUUGUUGAACUGUUCUACAAAUCACUGCUCUUUAGCCGUUUGUUGUGUUGUCGUUGUUAUUAAUGGCAAAAGACCCUGAUGUUACAGUUCCAAAUUUCUAAAAUUAACAUCUAAAUUGAAAGCUUUAAGAGGUAUAGCAAGACCCUUAUUCUCACAGUGACUUGUGGGAAGAUAAGGAGUUUGAUUUUACUAUUCAACACAUGGAAAAAUCAUUACACUGACUGGAUUUGUCCACUACAUGGGAAAUAAACUGAUCUACAGAGUAUUGUCUCAGUGCAUAGCAUCACGGGUAUUGUUUUUAAAACUGCUAUGUUUGUUUGCUUUUAUAUUACAUGUACUCUGGCAGCAAUGCAGUUGUGCAUUUCAGUGCAAGGUAAAAGUACUUUCAUCACCAGAUCUUGCUUUUAUAGGAGCAGAAGUAUAUGUGUGCAAUAACCACCUUUUUUGCUUACUCAAUGUCAGAUUUUUUCUUUAUGAUCUCGCAUUUAAAAACCAGUAUUGUAUUAUUGAUAGUUUUAUUUGGUUUAUUUUAAUUCUUUAAAUGUUCUCCACAGUUGUACAAGCUGUGUAGCAUUAAUUCAUAAGCAUAACUGCUCUUGGGGAUGUCACAUACGUUUAUAAUAUAGCACAUAUGUAUAUAUAGACACUUCCCUGUCAAGAUGUUUUUGAAUUCUACUACUUCUUAUAGUAAAUUAUUUUCAGUUCAGAACUUGAAAACAAAAAUAUUUAUAAAAUUGAGAUUCUGUCCAUAUUUCUUUAGGAAAAUGCUUUUUUAUAAGGUGGCAUCAAUUUUGGGCUGAAGUUGGUAUGUUUCUCUUUUUUAUUUAUUGUUAAUUUAAAUAGAUAUUUCUUUUCAAGAGGUCAGUUUUUGUACUAGAAGAGCUUGCAAAUGUUGAUGUAGUUAAUUUUGACAUGGUGUAUUGAAAUACUUAAUUUCUAAUCUCAAGAGGAUAAAAAUGUUUCUUUUUUAAAAAGAAAACUGCCAUAUCUGUAAUCAUGUUUUUCCUACCUGCAUGCCUUAAACACCUUUUUCCUUUCCUUCUCCUGAAUUUUUUUUACUAACUUUGACACAUGGGUAUAGUUUGUUCACUUUUUGGUUUUCACAUACUAUAAACAGGAUCUUCUGCCUAUCUUAAUUAUAUAGUGAUAGGUGGAUGCACUGUUUUAAUAGUAAGUGAAAAUGUUUUUUCCUCGGUAUUUCUCAAAGUGGGCUGUUCUUUAUUCAGUUUAGUAAUAAAUGUCACCUCAGUAAUUAAUUUUAUGAGAAAUUAUGUAAUUAUAGAAGAGCUGUGUUAAAAUUGUAUAGAUAAUUUUACAAGUUUCAGUUGAGAAAAUUCUCUAGAGGAAGUAGGAGGACUAGUCAUACUUGGUACUUCUUUGCUAAGUUACAUGGUGAAACUGGUAAUGGAAGCACUGAUUAUAAUGAGUGGUGGGCAAAGCAGGUAGCAGGAAUUGGGCAGUGGUUUUGCAUUGUAGAGUGAAACACUUUCAUAGCCUUCAUAAGUUUUCUGUGUGUGGUUUCUCUUCUUGUGUCUGCUGAUACUUGUGGAUUAGUUUCUGGUCGGUUGUACCAGUUCAGAGACCCCUCAGAAGUCUGUGUGGCCCCUGCCUUAAGUGAUCAUCUGCCUGCUCUGUUACUUCUGUUCACCCUUCAUGGCAGUGUUGGAAUGGGUGAGAUUUCAUAUUUCCACUGAGAAACUGGAUUCUCCUAUGUUAUAUUUGCUUAUGACAAGCUGAGGAGAGUACCUGUCAUCUUCUGUGUCCCCUUAAGAAACUCUUAGUCACUUAUUGUGGGAACUCUUUUAGUUUUCUAUUUUCCUGGGAAAUGUCACUCAAAACAAUGUUUGGUUUUUGUAGUAUACUUCCAUAAAAUGUAUGAAAGCA